AUGUCUGAUGUGGCAUCGGACAAUGGCACUGUCGUACAUCGCUCAGAUGUAUCGACGCUACCGCCCAUGUUUCAGCCUGCUUGGAAGGCCACGCCUGCACGUGGUCAGGAUCGUCUCAAUGCGAUCGGAGGUGAUAUGUUUUCGCCUAUGAAGCUCCAGCAGAUGUUUCUCACACCAAGUCUGUCUUCUGCGCGAGAAAAAGAGAAGGAAGAGAGUAGCCCACUGCAUACAUAUGGUGGCGAUGAGCUAGAUGCAGCGCCACCUACCAGGAAAGAGUUCACCUUCCGCGCAAGACAGUUACCAUCGUCCACACCAAUGCCAUCACGCAGCUCAUCCAAAGGUACAUCGCGCACAACGCCAUCAACGCCAGGCGGACCGCAUGUGCCACUACGUUUCAUCCACGUACCUUUUGAUUCUUAUCUUGCAGAGGAAUGUAGCAGAGAGGCCUCUCGCGACGACGAAGAAGGAUCAUCCUCACCGACGCUCUCUGCGUCAGGCUCGUCUUCGUCGUUGCAAGAUUUGCGACAAAACAAGCGCCUCAGAGUUGCGUCACAUGAGACCAGCAGCGGACAAAGACUUGCCCGUUUUCCACUUUCGUACAAGAGUGAGAACAUUCAGCCCACACCGGCACGACCCGCGAGUGGCUCGUUCCCUCGCUCUAUCCUCAAAGGUGCUGGCUCUAUUGGCGAGACGCCUCGUACACACGCAUCGCGUUCGAUAAGUUUUGUCGAUCAAAAACAUCCACGAAGCACUGAGGCGUCGUACUCAUCGGCGCAAGCAGCGCGCCUUGAUCGCAUGCUCGAAGAGCUCGAGCACAUGAAUUUGACACGCUCACUCUCUACCUACGUGCCUGGGCCAGCACCAGAGUCCAAACCAGACACUGCAUCUUCACGUGUGCCUGUGCAAGCAUCUUUACGAUCGCCGACGGAGCCCAUUCCCGUGCGAACAAAGUCAUUGCAGCCUUCACGAUCGCUGUCUGCUUUGAUCUCGGACGAGCCCUCACAGCACCACAGCACAGCGUCCUUCCGCAUCACCCGCGACAAGCUGGUCGAAAUUCUUACGGAUGCUGCGCCUUGGGCGCCGGAUUGGCAGUCGCUGAAAAGGAUCGAUUUGCGCGCACGGCAUCUUGAAUCGUGCAUCGGGCUGAGUGAACAUUUGCCACAAGUCGAGGAAGUAUGGAUAGACCACAACCAAGUGUCGUUUACCAUGGGUGUACCAUCCUGUGUUCGUGUGCUCACAGCCUCGCAUAACCUAAUGUCGGAGCUUACAUCGUUCGAGCACCUGAAGCAACUCCAGUUCUUAGAUGUGUGUUUCAACGAAUUUGCUUCACUCAUGCCUUUUUCCCAUCUUCCACGUCUGCGCGAGCUUCGUGUGGACCACAAUAAGAUCACAGACCUUCGUGGGCUCGAGCAGUGCACGUCCCUAAAGCAUUUUAGCAUCGCUCACAACGAGCUCUCGGGGCGUGUGGAUCUUAGCCGGAUGUGCUGGCCCGCAAUACAAUCGCUGGUGGUCUCACACAACCGUAUCUCGUCGCUCGUGGGCCUUGGACAUCUAGACGCGCUGCAGGAACUGCAUGCAGAAGCAAAUGAGCUGACAGACAUCAGCAUCGAACACAGAAUGCCUCAGCUUCGCGUUCUACGGCUCUCCGACAACAACGACUUUACCGAGUUAGACGUCGGCAGAAUGCCAUGCAUUCGAACACUGUAUGCUGACCGAUGCUCACUAGCAUCAAUCGGCGCACUUGGCUCAGCACAUACACUACGGCACCUCUCGCUCCGCCAGCAGAGCGUGCGUGUGUGCCUGCCGUUGCCUGCGCCAACACAACUAGAGCGCUUAUACUUUGCAGGUAAUGCGAUCAGGUCAAAACCUGUGUUUCAUGCACACAUGCCGGACAUGGUGUACUUGGAACUUGCUGGAUGUCAGCUAGAUCAGGUGUCCACGGAGCUGCAACUGCAGACACCGGCAUUACGCUCGCUCAACCUGGACCACAACUGGCUUUCAACAAUCCCGUCUUUAGCGCAUUGGCACCGACUGAAGCGUCUUAGUCUUGUUGCCUGUCGCAUAAGCACGCUCGAGUGUAUUGUUCAAGGUAUACGUGGCCUCUCUGAGCUCUGCGUUGUCGAUACACGCUCAAAUCCUUGCACACUCAGUCUAUACCCACCCAUGGUUCUUCCUCUACAUGCGCCGGACCGUAUGAAUGGCCCCCCUGUCCCACACCCUGCUAUUGUACAGCCAGAUGCAGCGAAAGCUGUCGAGCAGCAAGCCCAGACACGCCUUCGUGCAGCGCAAGCUCUAGCUGAACGCUCUCAGUUCCACAAGCGCACGAUGCUCUUGCCACCAGAGCCAGCCGCUGAAGCUGCCUUUAUCGAGCCGGAACACGCCAUGGAUAGUGCACGCACAGCAGCAUUGUUCCGUGCGAUCGAUGAAAGAUUCCAAUGUACGCUGCCUAUGCACGUGCUCCAGAAACGACAGGUGUAUCGGGGACUAUGUGGUAUGGCCUGUGCGCCACUGACAUGGCUCGAUGGUCUAGAAAUCAGUGAUGCCGAUGUUCAUCGUGCAGAGCGCCAGUUAAAGUUGUUAGAUAGGUAG